UGACGCUUUAAAUGACGGUCUUAUCAAAGUGCCUGACUUACUUUCAUUCUUACUUUCAUUUUGUAUUUAAAAAAUUGGAAAUCCCUUUUUUUUUAAUAAUAAGACUUUAUAUAUAGGGUCUAAAUAUUGCUAAGCUGAACAUAUCCAGAAAGGGAAACAUUUGGUGUAAUCUCUAACACAAUGAAACUUGUCCUGUGUCUAACCUUGUGUUUCUUGGUGGCAGGUAAGUGCCAGCUGUCUGUUGUAUGUCAGAUAAGCGUCAAGUGUUGGGUGACGGUCUGAUAAUGUCAGGGGAGCGAGUGGGUGGAAGGUGAGUCGCAGAUCAUUGGCAGGUGAGUGGGAGUUGGGUGCAGGUGAGUGGCAGGUGAGUAGCAGGUGAGUGGAAGGUGAGUAGCAGGUGAGUGGCAGGUGAGUAGCAUUGGGUGUCAGGCUUAGUGUCAGGCGAGUAAUAUGUGAAUUUUAGGUGUCAUGUGAAUGUCAGGUGAGUAGCAGGUGAGUGGAAGGUGAAGCAGAUGAGUGGCAGGUGAGUAGCAGUGGGUGUCAGGCUUAGUGUAAGGCGAGUAAUAGGUGAAUUUUAGGUGUCAUGUGAAUGUCAGGUGAGUGUCAGUAGGUGUGGUGAUUGGCAGGUGAGUUUAUGUGAGGGUCAGGUAAAUUUCAGAUGAAUCAGUAUGAGGGGUGUGCUUGCAGGUGAAUUGCAGGUGAGAGAAAUGUAAGUGUCAGCUGAGCGACAAAUGAGUUUCAAGUCAGUUUCAGAUGAGUGACAGAUGAAUGGCCGGUUGGUUGCAGGUGAGUAGCAGGUGAGUGGCAGUUGGGUAGCAGGUGAGUAGCAGGUGAGUAGCAGGUGAGUGGCAGGUGAGUGUCAGUUGAGUGGCAGUUGAGUGGCAGUUGAGUGGCAGGUGAGGAGCAGAUGAGUGGCAGGUGAGUGGCAGCUUAGUGGCAGUUUAGUGGCAGGUGAGUGGCAGGUGAGUGGAAGGUGAGUGGCAGCUGAGUGGCAGGUGAGUGGCAUUUGAGUAGCAGUUGAGUAGCAGGUGAGUGAGUGGCAGGUGAGUGGCAGGUGAGUAGCAGGUGAGUGGCAGGUGAGUGGCAGGUUGGUGGGAGAAGAGUUGCAUGUGCUUAACAUUUUGUUGUAGAAAGGUAAUGUAAUAAAUAAACCAAAUUCUUAAAGUACAUACAAGUGAUCUUUCCUUGACCCGUGACAUAGACUGUAAUACUAAAAAUAUCAUCGUAGGAAAUGUCAUUUAUUACGAGUAUUUGUCCUAUUGACAUCUGUAAUUGCGUCAGAAAUGUUUGAUCUUAUGUUUCCAUACCAGGUGUGUCCCCACUUCUGCUCAACUGCAAUCCCAACUGUGGGAUAACAUGUCCGUCUGGAGAAAUCUGCAAGUUUAAUGGGUGUGGCUUCAGCUGUCAAUCUCUAUGUAAGUGGUGACGUCAUGAAGGGAUUGAUAGCCAGACGAUGUCUUUGUGAUUUUAUCAACCAAACUUUGCAGGCAUAGAUAUCAUUUUUUUUACUUACAUGAAAGAAUCUUUAUUGAUAUAAACAUUAUUUGCUAUGAAUUUCAGUUUACAGCAGUGGUUCUCAAAAUAAACUCAUAAAAAUAACUCAUUAAUUUAUGGGGUUAGACCAGUUAAGGAAAGAUUAUUUUUAUCUCGGUCUCAAGAGAUCGUCUUGAUAGGUUUUGAUGAGUGUCCUAUGUAAUCAUGGGCGUAAUCAUUUAUAAUUGGACUUAUAUGACAAAUAAAUGAGACAUUUAUAACUAAACAAAUAAAAUUAUAACAUCUAUAAACUAAUCUUAUGUGACAAAUAAAAUCAUAUAUCUAUAACUAUAACUUAUGUGACAAAUAAAAGUAUAUAUCUAGAACUAUAACUUAUGUGGCAAAAAAAAUUAUAUAUCUAUAACUAUAACUUAUGUGACAAAUAAAAUUAUAUAUCUAUAACUAUAGCUUAUGUGACAAAUAAAAUUAUAUAUCUAUAACUAUAACUUAUGUGACAAAUAAAAUUAUAUAUCUAUAACUAUAACUUAUGUGACAAAUAAAAUUAUAUAUCUAUAACUAUAACUUAUGUGACAAAUAAAAUUAUAUAUCUAUAACUAUAACUUAUGUUACAAAUGAAAUUAUAUAUCUAUAACUAUAACUUAUGUGACAAAUAAAAUUAUAUAUCUAUAACUAUAACUUAUGUGACAAAUGAAAUUAUAUAUCUAUAACUAUAACUUAUGUGACAAAUAAAAUUAUAUAUCUAUAACUAUAACUUAUGUGACAAAUAAAAUUAUAUAUCUAUAACUAUAACUUAUGUGACAAAUAAAAUUAUAUAUCUAUAACUAUAACUUAUGUGACAAUUGUGACAAAUAAAAUAAGACGACAGUUAUUUCUCAACUGUUGUGACACAUCGCAUCAUUAAAACAGUUCAGUAUUCUAAUCAUUAUUUCAUUUCUAAUUCCAGUUAUCGGUAAACGUGCCUGUCAAUUUGUCGCCUGUGACCUGUACUGUCCUUUCGGCUUCCAAACGGCCAACGGCUGCACCCUCUGUUCUUGUAAACCCAACCCUCUCAUUGGACUGCUGGGCUAGAUCACACAGUGAGUACACAAUUUCUCAUAACGCGUGUGUUUUAAUGGGAAAUACGUAGUAGGACUACCUGUUAGCUAGGUGCUUAUAAUCUACCUUGACAGGUUUUUGUUUGUGGGUUGUGUAAGGAGUUUGUUAAAUCUGGCGCUGUAUUGAGAGUUUGUUGAGAUAUGUUGGUAUUGACAGUUUGUUAAAUAGGUUGUCUUACGAGUUUGUUGAGAUAGUUUGGUAUUAGAGUUUCUUGAAAAAGGUUGGUAUCGAGAAUUUGUUUACGUACGUGGGAUUGGUAGUUUGUUGAGAUAGUUUGGUAUUGAGAGUUUCUUGAGAUAGUUUGGUAUUGAGAGUUUCUUGAGAUAGUUUGGUAUUAAGAGUUUGUUUAGAUAGUUUUGUUAUGAGAAUUGGUUGGGAUAGUUUGGUUUUGAGUUUUUGUUGAGAUAGUUGGUAUUGAGAGUUUGUUUAGAUAGUUGGUAUUCAGAGUUUGUUUAGAUAGUUUGGUAUUUAGAGUUUUUUUAGAUAGUUUGUUUUUGACAGUUUUUUUAGCUAUUUUGUUAUUGAGAGUUUGUUUAGAUAGUUUGGUAUUUGAGAGCUUGUUAAAUGUGAAUAUUAUUGAGAUUUUAUUCUGAUUAGUGUUUUGUUAUGAGUGAUCAGUUUGCUUGUGGUUUCGUUGUCAUUUGUCUUAGAAGUCACUAACACUGUUCCUAUUUGCUUGUGUGAAAGAACAACAGCUACAUUGUCACGCUCAAACAGUUUGGUAAAAUGGCCCAAGAGUUAGUCACUUUAUUAUUUGUUUCAAUUCUAAAAACUACAUGUUUAUCUAUUGGAAUAUUUUUUUUUAUUUUAUUCCUAAAUAUGAUUAAAAAAUUAUGUUAAUUUUAAUUUGUUUGAUAACUGAGUAGAAAUUAAUUUAAAUGCUUUUCAUCUUAUAUUCCUUUUCAGGAGAAUUUUUUUUUGUAGAGUUUCGAAUAUAAUGAAAUGAAUGGAUAUAGAGAAAUGAAUGCGUACAAAGCAAUGAAUGGAUACAAAACAAUGAAUGGAUGUCCCAAAUCUGCGUGUAAAACUGUGCGUCCUAUCAGUCAUCUUUUGACGAAUAGAAUAUUUUAAUAAACAGCAUUACAAGACGAGAAAUGAAUAAAAACUAAGUCACACCAAUGUUAUUUGUUGUCUUUGUUUCACUUUUUAUGUAUCAGUUACAAUUCGUAAUUAACCGCAUCACAGUUUAUACCUGGCAGCUGAGCACCUCACAUGAGACUGUGACCAGACGAACGAACAUCAUUAAACACUGGAGUAGAAGAGAUGUGAAUACCUGGCAGUUGAGCACCUCACAUGAGACUGUGACCAAACGAACCCACAUCAUUAAAUUCUGGACUAGAAGAGAUGCGAAUACCUGGUCUACAGUUGUGAAUACUUAUGUCAAUAAAUAGUAAAGAUGGGUCUGAAAUGAUAUCUUUAGAUAAAUUACUAAUAACAUGUAAGUGAUGUCUAAAUAUAAUUCAAUGUCAACCGAUUACAAAAGCAAUCGAAGUGUGUUUUAAUAAGUUGUGUAAUGAGUUUUGCGCAUAUCUACCAUAUCUCCGC